AUGGCCCCUGAGCAAAUGGAAAACCAAACCUUUGUAGACGAAUUUAUUUUCCUGGGCUUUACAAACCACCCCAGCCUCUAUGUUCUGUUCUUUUUAGUAUUCCUAGUCAUCUACACGGUAACUCUAGCGGGAAAUGCUCUGAUACUUGCCCUGAUCAGAACAGAUCUGACCCUUCAUAGCCCUAUGUAUUACUUCCUGAGCAACUUGUCGUUCCUAGACAUUUGCUAUAUCUCUGCCACAGUCCCUGUUAUGCUGGCUAACUUCUUCCGAGCAAAGAAAACCAUAUCAUAUGCGGGAUGCAUUGUCCAGCUGUUCUCCCUCAUUACCUGCGCAGGGACAGAAUGUGUGCUGUUGGCUGUCAUGGCGUACGACCGAUACGUGGCUAUCUGUAGCCCCUUGCAUUAUUCCAGCAUCAUGAGCAAGGGGGCUUGCACCAAGAUGGCAGUGUUCUCCUGGGUGUGCGGCUUGACAAACUCACUGGUGCACACCCUCCUGACAUCGUCCUUAACCAUCUGCAAGUCCAACGAGCUCAGCCACUUCUUCUGCGAUGUCCCCUUGCUUUUGAAGCUCUCUUGCUCAGACACUUCUGUGAAUGAAGCUGUGCUCCACCUAGCCAGUGCGUUGAUAGGGCUCAGCCCCUGCCUCUUUACUCUGGUUUCCUACAUCCGCAUCAUCUGUGCUAUCCUGAAGAUCAACUCCACUGUGGGCAGAGUGAAGGCCUUCUCCACCUGCGCUUCGCACCUCAUUGUGGUCGUGAUAUUCUACGGCACAUCCAACUUCAACUACAACAGGCCAAGUUCAGGGUACUCCCUGGAUGUAGAUACUUUGGUUUCCUCGCUGUAUUGCAUUGUAACACCCAUGUUGAAUCCAAUUAUUUACAGUCUAAGGAAUAAAGAGGUAAAGGCUGGUUUGAUGAGAAUGGGCAAGAAAUAUUUCUCUUCCUCAGCUAGGACCUGA